AUGGGUAUUGGACACUUUAAAUUUGCAACUGAUGAAUCCAAGCGUCAAGAACAAUUUCAACAAUUAAACAAUUUAAGAGAACAGACAUUAGAUCAACGUACUAAACGUCAACAUCUGAAAGAAAAAAGGAAAGCAGCUUUGGAUGCAAGACUAGCAAAGGUUAAAUUGAGGAAAGGAAUCUCGGAUGCGUUUGAUGAAGAAGUAAGCAAAGACAAUGAUAGUGAUGACAGUAAAAAGAUGCAAGAUGAAGAAACUGCAGCUACUAUAUCCCCUGCUGUACGUGUUGAAUUACAUGAUAACCGUAAAAGUAUGGAACAGCAAAGUGAAUUGCAGAAUGAUACUAAAACUGAUACGUCUAAAAAAGUAAAGAAAUAUGAUCCAUCUCAGGAGCGACUUGCAGAAUUUGCGCCGCCUGCUGAAUAUUUUGAAAAUUCACCGGUCAAUCAGCGUAGACAUCAGCAGAGCUUCAAAAAACCGUCAUUUGCGUUCAAUAGUUAUAACCAUACCUGGAAUUGGCAACCAUACCCAUCGGUCAUUGGUGCACCACCACCAAUACCUCCAACUGAUACUGGAUUUCAAUAUAAAUGCCAUGAUACCGAUCUUAAUCGAAGCAACCUUGAUCCCAGGACUUCAAAGCAAAGAGCUUAUACCGUUCCCGUAACAUCUGUCGAAACAAGCAAUGCGGAUAACUAUUCUACGACUACAAUUAACGAGAAGGAUAUUCAAAAUCUGAUAUCAUUUUAUAGGAACAGUACCGAUUAA